GCUGCCAUGGCUCACGGCAGCCCCGUGCCUGAGCUGUACAAGUCCAUCAUCGAAGAUGUAAUUGAAGGUGUGCGGGAGCUCUUUGCAGAGGAGGGUGUAGAGGAGCAGGUUCUGAAAGACUUGAAACAGCUUUGGGAAAUGAAGGUGACGCAGUCUAGAGCAACAGAAGGCUUCUUCAAACACAGCCACUGCUCUCCACGGUUCAGCCUGCAGCUGCCACACAGCUCUCACAGCCUUUUGCAGACUUCAGCAGCUUCUUAUGUCAUCCAAGCUGGCAGAGGCUUUCAGCAUUUCACAGCAGCAAAACUGGGCCCCCCACGAGUGGGUGUGACUCUUGCUCUCCCUUCGUGUGUGGCUUACCCUUUGCAGAUGCCAGCUGGGGUGAUGCUGCAGCCAGCACCAGGGCAGCUUUACAAGGUGAAUGUGCCUGUUGUGGUCACACAGGCCUCGGGAGAUGGAAGCCUUCUCCACUACCCUGUGCAGCAGAUGUUUCAUCCCCUUGGGCAAGCUUCAGUUCUGCAGGCCAGCCUGGCCAGUGUCACACAGCUGAGUGCAUCUGCUGCCCAUGCAGCUGGGGAAACACUGCAGCCCCAGGAGGCUGCUCUCCAACAGGCUGUGCUGUUUAAACCCAGCUAUGUGGAAAAACAACACCUGGAGAACUCUGCUCCCUUGGUCCAGCAGCCUUCUGUGAGUCUGCAGGAAUAUGAAAUUAAUGCAGUGUUGAAUCAGUGCAGUGAAUCCACAGAAAAAUUCCAGAAUGACAGCCUUCACACAGCUGUGUUUACUCCAGAAUGCUCUGAAGGACUUUUUAUUGAUGAAUCCUUGGCAAGCAGCUCGAGCAGCGUCCUGCUGGAUGUGGAGGGGCAGCUGGACAUGGAGCACCCGGAGCUGCUGCAGCAGCAGGUGUCUGAUGAUAUCAUUGACCUGAUUAUUGCAGGGGAAAGUUUGGAUGGAAAUGCAUUUCUGAAGGAUCAGGGCAGCAUGGCUUCCUCUCACAAGGCGGAGUCCGAUUUACCGCUGGGGAAAGAUCUCUGCAGUGACAUUGAAGGCAUAAGUCAGCUCGAUGGCACCGGGGACGUUUCUUCCAAGGAACAAAUGCCACAUCCCAAAGAUAAAGAAGAGAACGAGUUCAUUGGCUUUAUUGAUUCAGAGGAUCUGAGAGUUCUGGAUGAUGAGGAAGACUAUGAUGAAGAAUGUGACAGCUCUUCAAACAUAGAGUCCAGCGGCAGUGAUGGGGACAAUGAAGACCUCCAGAUAGACAUAGUUGAGGAGGACCCCUUGAACUCUGGUGAUGAUGUCAGUGAGCAGGACAUUGCAGACUUGUUUGACACCGACAAUGUGAUCGUUUGUCAGUAUGAAAAGAUACAUCGAACUAAGAACAAAUGGAAGUUCUACUUAAAAGAUGGAGUGAUGUCCAUUGAGGGUAAAGACCAUGUUUUUGCAAAAGCCACUGGAGAUGCAGAGUGGUGAAACUUCAGUAUGUUCUUGAAGGCUGUGACAUUAUUUCCUUAUAAGCCUUGUGUGAAACAACUGGACUUUCUAUUGUUGUGCCAUAAAAAAACAACAAAUCAAAAGAAAAAAAAAACCACCAAAAAACCCCCCAAAAAACCAAAACAAAAAAACCCAAAAAACCCCUCACCAAACCAAAACAAACAAACAAAACCCCCAAAAAAACCAAAACUGAAAAAACCAAACCCCAAACCAACAAAUCUGUGAUGAAAAAAUAUGCAAAAUCCAUGUUGUUAAUUUGUGGUGUUAAUCUGUUUAAUUUGCAAACUAAACCACUGUACUGUUAGCUACUCAGCUGUCUUUGUUGUUCUUUUCUGAUUAUUUAAUUUUUUCCAAUGAGGAAGCAUCAUUGGAAUGAAUAGCUUUAAAGUUUGAAGUUUUAUAUCUGUUUGUAAUUCAAGAAGGUAAGGAAAUACUUAGUAAUUUGUAAAGAACUACUUAUUAAUUAUAAUCAAAUAAGUUUUAGUUCUGUUAUUUUUUCCCCAGUUCUUAAAAGCUGAGGUAUGAGUUGAAAUAUAAAAUUACACUGUUGUGUUCUCUUUUCAAAGACUUUUGAGUUGAAAAAAAAGGCAAUAUCUAUGCAAGUCUGUAACCUGUGGCUGUUUCAGCUGCAUAUUUCUCUUGAUUUUUUUUAGUUGCUUUGUGUUUUUUGGACUUAGUUUAAAGACAUGCACUCUAGAUGCAAUAAGGGAAAGAUCCCGGAGCUCUCAAUAUAUGAGAAUUAUUAUUGUUUGUUCUAUACUAGCUAUGUCUACUGAGAUGCAAUGAGGAGUGUGAUGCAGCAUUAAAAUGUGAUUUAUUUUCACUGUCAAUGCAAAGUCAUUUAAGUUUGCUACUGUACAUCUCCACUUUGUUCUAGGACUACAGACCAGUAAGCUGUGAAUGAUACAAAUUGUGCAUAAUAAUAAAAGUGUCAUCUCA